CUCUCGCUUGCAGGAGAGUGGCGGGGGAAGAUGGAGGAAGGCAAGGCGUAUUCACCAGACGGGGUGUUCGCUCACCUGGAAAUGCUGGAGGCGCGGGCUCACGAGGCAGCCAUCAAGCAAGAGGAAACGGAGCGGCAAGAAGAGAAGCUGGCCAGGCUGAAAGCGAGAGUGCGGGAGCUGAGACACCAGAGGGAUGAGCUGCAGGCUAAAGUGGACCUGCAGCAAAACGGGCAACUCGGGAAAGAAGGAGCCGUGUCGGAUCCGGCACAGCCCAGUGCUCGGGCUGUUUUAGAGUGGAAGAUAAAAAGCCUUAAGGCCAUGCUGCAGGUCUUUUACCUCACAGGGAUCAGUGGGAAGCUGACCAAGCGGGGAGUGUGUUUCUGCAUCAGCACGGCUUACGAGGGCACCUACUUGGAUUCCUACUACCUGGACCUGCUCACCAAGUCAGAAGUGCAGAUUCACCGCCACUCCAUCCCCAUCUUCAUCCCCCUGGAGCAGAUCGCCAAGAAGUACUUGCAGACGGACAUCAGGCGCUUCUUGUCUGUCCUGUCCGACCACCUGAACGCUUACGUGGGGAGGAGGUACCAGGCAGACCAGUUACAGGAACGUUUUUCAGACCAGAUAGAAGGAACCUUGCAGAGGAACUCCUUGUGUAACUUGCUGGUCUUUAAUUACGACGUGUCAAGUAAAAGCAAGACCUUUCCGUUCACCGCGAGGCUGCUUUACGGGGAUCUCUGUUGCAGCCUCCCCACUGAAGUCACCGUUUCCCCUGCGCCGGACGCUCCUGCAUCUCUAGCAGAGAUGGCAGCGGCUCACUCGGACCUGUUUCGCCGCGUGGCCCUGCACAAAGCCUUCUGCUCCUUCAGCAGCACUGAAGAAAGCGUGGAUGGAGCACCGUAA